AUGUCUAGUAGUAGCAGCCCUGAAUCCUUGGAUCAACAGUUGCAGUCCUCAAGACCGCCUGUAUUGUCAACACCUGUUUGUUGUUCAACCAGGCUACCAACACCUUGCGAGAGAUUGCCUGGAAUGGUUGUACCCUCUUCUGAUAGCCAAACCGUGAUCUCUCUUCCACAAGCUACCGGUUUGAAGCGUAAGAAGAACACCCCGACUGAAAAAACUAAUGUUGUGGGAUCUUCCCAACAGGCAGACAAGAAGCGGAAGAAAUCACCUUCUGUGUUGUCUAAGCCACUGGGUAAUGAUGAAUCAGAUAAGCCACUGGAAUGCAAAAUGAAUCAAGAUUCCAACAAUGGCCUCACUUAUUGUCAGAAAGCAAAGAUUUUGGAAUCUAGUGAUGGUGACGAGGAAGGGGACAAGGGGCCUGAGUAUGAACCUGUUGAGGAUCAUUUUGGAACCCCAGUUUAUGAAGGAACUGAUGUAACUUUAAUACCUUUCAAUCAAAGGUGUCAUUAUGUGGUUUGA